AUGGAUAGCGUUCUCGCAAUCGCAGCUCUGCACAUCGCGUCCGGUACGAGUGAUCCUGCGGAAUCGCAAACGUAUAUCGAUUCGGCUUUGGAUUAUCACACUGCGGCUCUAACGACGUCACGGGAACGAUUAUCGGUCUCGGAUUCGCUGGAUCAGGAUGCUUGUGUUAUCUCCUCCAUUUGCAUUCUUAUCACUGCGACCGCGUAUUCAAAUAUGUCACUUGAGAAAAAUCAACGGGAUCAGUUGGAUGAUAUCUUGGAGAAACGGACGAUACUCAGGGGUACGCGGUUUCUUAUUCGUCGGUCAGAGGCGGCUUUGAAUCAUCCCUUAUUGACGGAGUGGCGAUUUGGCAAUGAGCCUUUCGAUCAUUCGGAGCCUCCUGAGAAAUAUCAUUUUACUCCGAGACCGUUACAUGGCGAAGUUCUCGAAAAAUUGGGCGAGGUGAAAUCCGAAUUGGAAAACUCCAACCAUAUGCAAAAGGAAGUCCUCAAUUCUACGUAUAACCUGGUCGAAAAAGCCAUCCGCGACUGGCCGGUACGCGCGGGGGAAAUGGUGUGGGUGUUAGAAGUCAGCGAUGAAUAUAUCGACAUGCUAAGGAGUGGAGACUGGAUGGCUCGUGUUUUGCUCAUGUUUUACGGUCUCUGCUUGCAUUUAAGCUCGGAGCUUUGGGCCAUCCAAGAUGCAGGGAAACGACUCGUGCUGUCUAUUCUACCGCAGAAGACGCAGGUACCAGCAGAGUGGGUUGAUUGUAUUACUUGGAUUCGACAGGCUCUCGACAGGUAA